CUCGGAUCUGGACGAGCAAUGCAGAGCAGCAGCCGACACAUGGGACGGUGGAGAAAGAAGCGAAACACGAGUUAAAACCACCUCAGCCGGCGUCUGUGGGACACAACGAGAGAGGAGCUGUCAGAUCCAAGUUCAACCAUGGUUUCCAUUGACCAUGUAGCUCACAAAAUCCUGACUUACAUCCCAUACGUUCUUGUUUUGAUUGAUAUGAGAUAUGAAGGGGUGAACUGUGGUAAGGAUGGGAGUGUAGACAAUCACAUGGAAAUGGGGAAGAAGCUCCUUGCUGCUGGACAGCUAGCUGAUGCACUUUCUCAUUUCCACGCUGCUGUGGAUGGAGAUCCAAAGAACUACAUGGCAUACUACAGGAGAGCUACAGUGUUUCUGGCUAUGGGAAAGUCAAAGUCUGCGCUGCCGGAUUUAAGCAGAGUCAUUGAACUCAAACCAGAUUUCACAUCUGCUCGGCUUCAGAGAGGAAAUCUUCUUUUAAAGCAGGGAAAGCUGGAUGAAGCAGAGAGUGACUUCAAGAAGGUGCUGAAGUCCAACCCCAGUGACAAAGAAGAGAAGGACGCCCAGAGCCAGCUGACAAAGUCGGAUGAAAUUCAGCGGCUGGUGGCUCAGUCACGCAGCAGCUUCAACAGCAAGGAUUAUAUGACAGCUGCUGCCCAGCUUGACACUAUCAUUGAGACUUGCGUUUGGGAUGUGACCUCUCGGGAGAUGCGAGUAGAGUGUUUUAUUCAAAUGGGAGAGAUGGGGAAGGCCAUCAGUGACCUCAAAGCUGCAUCCAAGUUAAAGAGCGACAACACCCAGGCUUUCUACAAGCUCAGCACCAUCUACUAUAAUCUUGGAGACCAUGAGAUGUCCCUCAAUGAGGUACGUGAGUGCCUGAAGCUGGAUCCUGAUCACAAGCAGUGUUUCAGCCAUUACAAACAGGUCAAGAAGCUCAACAAGCAGAUCCAGUCUGCAGAAGAACUCAUCCAAGAGCAGAGAUAUGAAGACGCAGUGAGCAAAUACGAGGCAGUGAUGAAGACUGAGCCCAAUGUGCACCACUUCACGCUCCUUGCCAAGGAGAGAAUGUGCCACGCGCUAGCACAGGGCCAGCAGGCUAGCAGAGCUAUUAAAGUUUGUAGCGAAGUUCUCCAGUCAGACCCGGAGAACGUUAAUGUGCUGAAGAACAGAGCUGAGGCCUACGUCCAAGAGGAGCAGUAUGAAGAAGCUAUUAAGGACUACGAGACUGCUGGAAAACACAGCGAGAAUGACCGUCAGAUCAAAGAAGGCCUGGAAAGAGCUCAGCGACUUCUCAAACAGUCUCAGAAAAGGGAUUAUUACAAGAUCCUGGGAGUGAAGAGAACUGCCCAGAAAAAGGAGAUUAUCAAAGCCUACAGGAAACUGGCACAACAGUGGCACCCGGACAACUUCCAGGAUCCAGAGGAGAAGAAGAAGGCGGAGAAGAAGUUCAUAGACAUCGCUCAGGCUAAAGAGGUUCUCACUGAUCCAGACAUGAGGACCAAGUUUGACCAUGGUGAAGACCCCAUGGACCCAGAGAGCCAGCAGGGUCACCAUCAUCACAACUUCCAUGGAGGUUUCCAUGGUUUCCAGGGUUUCAAUCCUUUUGGCUCUGGGCCCUUUAACUUUAAAUUCAACUUCAACUGAGGAGGCUUAUUAUCGAGCACAGAUGGAGUGGAUUUUUGUACUUUCCUCCCGUUUUAAAAGGGAGACCACUGGCAGAAGGAAUGUCACUACACAAGUGUUAUGGAGCAAAUGGUGACUGUAACUCAGCGACUUCAACUAAAGAUGCAUCUUUGUUGUUAAAUAUUACACCUUUGAAUUCCGAUUGGGGAAGGUCUGUUGCUAUGCUAACAAACGUCUGCCUUGUGUGAAACAGCUUUUAUCUUUUAAGAGUAAGUUCAUUCCGUCACAUCAUUUUCAUGCAUUGGACACUCUACAAUUCUCAUCCAUUCGUAAGAUUUAAUUUGUACAAAGGUACAGAGCUAUUUUUAUAUGAAUGGAAUUUUCUGUAACUGUAAAUAAAGAGCUAUUUAUGUAUUAA